AUGAAUAAACUGGAGGUUGACGCUUACUUUGAGCUUCUUGAAAGCAUAUUGACAGUAGACGAUGGUGUGUUGAAACCGAGUUGUAUCUUCAACAUGGACGAGACUGGUCUUCAGCUUAAUAAUCGACCAGGGCAUGUUCUAGCUGAAAAGGGUACCAAGGCUGUAUCUACAGUUACUUCGACUGAAAAGGGAGAAACGAUUACAGUUAUAGCCUGCUGCAAUGCUGAAGAUGGUCAUUCAACUCACUGUAAUUCUGUGGAAAUGCUGGAAUAUGCAAAGGACAAUGACAUCACCUUACUUUCAAUGCCAAGCCACACGUCUCACUACCUCCAACCACUAGAUCGUACGGUGUUUAAAUCACUGAAGACUCAUUUUUACGAGCAGUGUCGACUUUGGCUAAAACAAAAUCCUGGUCGUCGUAUAACACGAUUAUCAUUUGGAAGAUUGCUUAAUAAGGCGUGGGGAAAGGCAGCUUCUGCAGAGAAUGCAAUUGCGGAUUUUAAAGCUACAGGUGUCCACCCCUUCAAUCCAUCUGCAAUUCCCGACUACGCGUUUACCCUAGAAUUGACAAAGCAAAUAUCUAAAUCUCAAAAUGAGUGUACAGCCACUGUUAUGGUCGAGGAGUAA